UGUUAUUGAUAUCAAGUUUGCUCUCAGCCAGUCAGAUGCCAUGAUUUCAGUAGCUUAUAACAGUAGCUUGUGACUUGUUAUUGAUGUCAAGAUUUAUGAAACAGGACUCUGAUCCAGUAAUGUCCCCUUAAUAAUAUAAUUACAUCAACUGCCUUUUUAUUUCAGAGCUACAUUCAACAAUGAAGUCAUUACUAGGGAGAAUUUUUCAAUUUCCCUUUUAGAAUUCGGUGCUUGUUUUACUUUCAACUUGGGCGCUGCCAAUCGUUUGAAAGUUCACGCACCAGGAAUAUCUCACGGAUUGCAAGUGGUUCUAGACACCAGACAGUGGGACUACUUCUAUGCGACAUCAUCGGUAGGCUCGGCAGGUUCAGCUGGUUUUCAGAUCCAGGCAUAUGACAGUAACACGAGCAGUGCACAGGUCAAUGAAUACGGGAUUGCUGUAGGACCGGGAACGAGGACUCUCAUUGGUCUUACACUUUUUGAGACCCGGAAUUUAGCCCCUCCUUAUGGUGACUGUGGUGAGAAGACCUUGAAGUAUCACGAUGUUUACCGAGUUAGUUCGUGUCGUCUCGAGUGUAAAACCGACUACGUGAUCGGAAUGUGUGGAUGCCGAGCUCCCUAUAUGCCUGGACCUGGUAGAGAGUGCAGCCCACCGGAAAUCAUAUGUGUUCGAGAUGCUAUGGAUGUCUACGGCAGAAACUCGAGCCAAACGUGUCUAUGUCCCGUACCAUGUCACACAGUAAGGUAUGCCGCCACUAUCUCGCAAGCCAAAUUUCCUUCAGAUUUCUACAGCCAAGUCCUAGCAGCUCAGCUCUCAGCGAAUCCCAAUCUAAAUGUGGACGCAGACUACUUCAGCAACAACUUGUGUCUCAUCAAUAUAUUUUUCAACGAGCUUAUCCGUCAAACGACGACACAACAAGAGGCAUAUCUGUUCGUCAGUCUACUCAGUGACAUCGGAGGCUCUUUAGGUAUGUGGAUGGGAGCAAGCAUUCUAACAGUCGUUGAAAUCUUUGAUAUCAUGGGUUAUUCUCUAUUCAGGACCAGAGCGCCACGAUCCAAUCACAUGGUAUAAGCCAGGGCCCGCUCGCUCGCAAAUAAAAUAUUAAUAUCAUCACACCCAGGUCCCCUCUUUUCCCAGAAAGUGCCCCCUUUUGUUGGUGCCCCCCCCCCCCCCCCACUUUGAAUGACGCUCCGCCGCCCCUGGAAUGCUUAAACCGCUCUACCUGAUCAUAAAUACUUUAGCCUCCCCCCCCCCCCCCUACCAUCGCGCAUAUGGUUUUAUUCUCUACUCUAGACCAGAACAUCAUGAUCAAACCCAUUGGACAUAGGCAUGGACAGGUCUCUCACCC